AUGGAUGAAGCAGAAGAAGAAGAAGACGCAAGAACAAAAAAGAUACAAUUAUUUGAUGAAUUAUGUAAUAGUCAAAAAACUAAUAAUUUUCCAAUAACAGAUCCUAUGCUACAUGAUGCAUCAGAGAUUCUUCCUGUUAGCUUUGAUGAGUUUUAUAAUGAUUUUGCAAAUAUGUUCAAAACUUCAUUAGAUGUACUACAACCAUUAGAAGAUCGUCUCAAUGAAUGUGAAUCAAUACUGAAUGAAUAUACUAAUGAAUUUUUUCGACAAGAAAACGAUGUAUUUGUACCUCUUAAACCAAAAGCUCGGUCAUAUAGUUUAUCACUUGAUGAAAUACAUAAUGUUGAUCCAACUAGUGAAUUAGGUCUGAUAUUUAAACGACGAAAACAAAUUUUUUCUAAUGCAUUAACACGUGAAAAUGAAGAUGAUCGUGAAACUGUAGAAAAUAUUCAUUAUAAACCGAUGCAAACAAAUUUUUAUAAUAAUCGUAUAUUCAAGGCAGCUCUUGAUAUUCGAGAUACUUUAAAUAAAGUAACAUCUGCACAAAAAUUUAAGGAUAAUUUUCUUCAUUGUUGGAAUAAAAUAGUUCGAAGUGAUACAAGUCAACAUAUAUUAAUCGAUGCAUUCUGGUGGAUUUAUUUAAAAUAUUUUACAAAAUUACCUAAUGUUGAUGAUGAAUGUGAAAAAUAUUUUACACGUAUUGCGAAAAAUUAUGUUGAAUUACUAUUAUCAGUCGAUUCAUGGUUUCAAGAUAAAUUUUUUACUAUUUAUGGAUCCUAUUUGGGUCAAGCUAUUUAUCAAAUGUUUUUCGAUAUAUGUCCGGAUUCACGAAUGAAUUUUACAGAUAAAUUUAAGGAAUUUAUUGCAAGUGCAACUUCGGAAUGGGUUACAGGUAUUCAAGCCACUCCAGAAACUUAUAAAUAUUGGAAAAUUCAUGCUGAUGCAACGAUGGUAGCAAAUGAAAAUGCAUUAGAACAAAGAUCUUCACCAACGAAUAUUUAUAAAAAAAUUCGUCGUCUUGAAGAAGAAUUAGAAGCUUUGGGUGGUGAUAGUGGAGAAGAAACUGCUCGACCUCCUUCUAUAAGAACACCGAAAAGAAAUGUAUCCAUUGAUUUUACUAACAGAGUUGAACUUGAAAAUCAAUUAGUUGAUUUAAGUAAUCAAAGUACGUUAGUUGCUUGGUAUUUUCAACAAUGUGACAUUCAGCCGAAUACACCACGUUUACGAAAUGUAGAACGAACAUUUAUUAAAGAAUGGCCAGAAGAACGUUAA